AUGGAUCGAUCAACUCUCUCGAAGAAUGAGCAGGACAAGGAAGCUCAGACUGCAACUACAGUACUCGACAACUCAUCUGUCAAUUCUUCUCAAGAUAGUCCGAACAACACACAUCCCCCGGUACCGCUGCAGAUGAAGCUACUCAGUGUACUGCUAGUCUCUUGCAUUGGCUUUGGAUCUCAAUGGAGCAGCGGUGUAAGCUCUGCCAUGAAAUCUACCAUGAAGAAGCAAAUGCACAUCAAUAAUACUCAAUUCUCCCUGCUCGAAGCCAGCGAAGACUUUAUGUCAUCAGCUCUGAUCCUGCUGACCGGCAUUUUCACCGAUCGUCUGGGCGGCACUGGAUGUAUCGUUUACGGCAAUAUCAUCUAUACUAUUGGGUCCAUUCUCAUCGCUGGUGCUGCCGAGACGCGCAGUUAUAAGUUUAUGAUUGUCGGCCGAGUAGUCGCUUCGUUCGGAGACAUCGCGACACAGGUUGCGCAGUAUAAAGUGUUUAGCAGUUGGUUUCCGCCAAAUGCUGGGUUCGCGAGUACAUUGGGCUUUGAACUUGGGAUCAAGAAGAUCGGUGGAUUUGUUGGAAAGUCGACUGCGAAUAUCAUCGCAAAGAACUGCGGCUUCUCAAGUGUCUUCUGGACAAUGGUCGGCAUGAACCUCUUCACCAACGUCGCCACCAUCUGCCUCUUCUUCCUAGUCCGCUUCUGCUCGUCUCGAUACUCCUCCAUCGCCGACCCAGCCACCGGCGAAAAACUUACCGAAAAGAACAAGUCCCUCGACUUCAAAAAAGUGGUGCAAAUGCCCUGGCCAUUCUGGUGCAUCAUGGCAUUCACACUCUUCCAAACCACCACAGCCAACGUGUUCUCUCAGAAUGCGACGGAACUUGCUGAGCAGCGCUUCAAUACUGAUUCCAUCACCGCAGGAUGGUACACGGCUAUCUUGCAAUAUGCCGGCUUCUUUUUUGUGCCUCUGCUGGGCGUGUUUAUCGAUGUGUUUGGUAAGAGAGUUACGGCUAUGGUGGUUUGUGGCGGUGGAUGCUUUCUUUCCAUGGCACUGGUUUGCUGGGCACCAUCUGUCAAGGGUACGGCGGCUGCGUUUGGAAUAUAUGCGUUUGCGUUUUCGCUGGGACCUACCGUUAUUAUUGAUUCCAUCAGGACGUCGAUGUGGCAUCAAGGGGCUUUUGGCACGGCAUAUGGGAUCAAGGUUACUAUCAACAAUGCUAUGUCGGUCAUCAUACGCAUUCUUACCGGCGUGAUCCAAGACGCAGACGAUAACGCAUACACUCGCGUUGUCCGCGUGUACGCCUUCUUUGGAUGCGCGUCCCUUGCUGUCUCACUCGUUGUUCUUGCUCUUUCCAUCUACAGCCCUGAUCUGGGUCGCUUGCAAUGGAGUCGCAAGAAGAGGCUCGCACAGGGGAUGUUCAUCCAGGAACGCUUGCGGAGAUUCGAGACGUUGAUGAAGGAGAGAAAUAAAAGGAUCUCGGUGGUCUGUUUUGGAUGUACUAUGUUACUCAUGCUUGGAGGUUGGAGUGCUUACUUCUGGGGCGUGGCUACUGGAAACAACAAGUAG